CCUGUCCCGUCGGCCACGGCCCGGACUACUCAUCCGCCGGAAGGGGGUCUGCUCGUUGUCUUCCGGGAACUGGAGGAAUGCUGUUGAUGGGAACAAAAAGCUGUACGCCAUCUAUGAUACAAGCUCAGGACAGCCGCUCUUAUAAGCUCCUCUACAAAGACUACCACGUGCCCUCUCAUCGUUACCGGCCGCGGGCUGGCACCAGGAGUCAUUUCCCAAACUCCUGAGUUCAUCCGGAGGAGGAGGCUCUUUCGGGGGGGAUUGUCCUGAACCGGGGCGACGCCACAUUGGCUGCUGGGGUUUUAUUUACGCACGAGGCUCCCGCGCAGCGCGGACGACUUGUGGAUCUCUAUCGUUAGAACGGACGUUUUUUGGUCGAACACUCUUCGGUGUGAGCGAAGCCCGCGAGAAGCCCCGAAGCCCCGAAGCCUGCCGUGACCGACCGGAGGAUGGAGACGCGGAGCAGCCUGAGGCUUCACGGAUCUGACACUCGGCGCGCCUUCGCGCCAUCAUGGCACCGCGGGCUGAGCCGGCUGAGGGUUGACAGCAUGUGGAAGGAGUCACACCUGCUCUGAGGGAGCGCAGUCAUUUGUUGAGCGCUGUCGAACAGCAGCCACCCAUCCCAGGCACCAAGGAAAGGGAUGUGGCCGAGCCAGAGAGCAGCUGGGCUCUUUCACAUCCUCUCUUUGCCGCUGCUCGUGGCAGUGAUGUGCUGCGCGCAGAGCGUCAACGAACCGGGCAACAUGUCUUUUGUCAAAGAGACUGUGGACAAACUGUUGAAAGGAUACGAUAUUCGUCUCCGGCCGGACUUUGGAGGUCGACCGGUUGCUGUUGGCAUGAGUAUAGACGUGGCCAGUAUAGACAUGGUGUCAGAGGUCAACAUGGACUACACGUUGACAAUGUACUUCCAGCAGUACUGGAGGGAUAAGCGGCUGGCCUAUGCGGGGAUCCCUCUCAACCUGACGCUGGACAACAGAGUGGCGGACCAGCUCUGGGUCCCUGACACCUAUUUCCUCAAUGACAAGAAGUCCUUCGUGCACGGCGUCACCGUGAAGAACCGCAUGAUUCGACUCCACCCCGAUGGCACAGUUCUCUACGGCCUCAGAAUCACGACGACGGCAGCCUGCAUGAUGGAUCUGAGGAGAUACCCGCUGGACGAACAGAAUUGCACCCUGGAAAUUGAGAGUUAUGGUUACACAACAGAUGAUAUCGAGUUCUACUGGAAAGGGGGAGACACCGCGGUGACUGGGGUGACGCGCAUCGAGCUCCCGCAGUUCUCCAUCGUCGACUACAAGCUGGUGUCCAGGAAUGUGGUCUUUUCCACCGGUGCCUACCCUCGACUGUCCCUGAGCUUCAAGCUGAAGCGAAACAUCGGAUACUUCAUCCUACAGACGUACAUGCCCUCCAUCCUCAUCACCAUCCUGUCCUGGGUGUCUUUCUGGAUAAAUUACGAUGCCUCGGCUGCCAGAGUUGCAUUAGGGAUCACCACUGUCCUGACCAUGACAACCAUCAACACUCAUUUGAGAGAGACCCUGCCCAAGAUUCCAUACGUCAAAGCCAUCGACAUGUACCUCAUGGGCUGCUUCGUGUUCGUCUUCCUGGCUCUGCUGGAAUAUGCCUUUGUCAACUACAUCUUCUUCGGAAGAGGUCCUCAGAUGCAGAAGAAGCUGGCAGAGAAGGCACAGAAGGCAAACAAUGACCGCAUUAAAUGUGACGGGCCCAAGGUCGACUCCCAGGGGAACAUCCUGCUGACGACCUUGGAGAUCCACAACGAGGUGGGAGGGAAUGAGAUCACGACCACCCUGAGCGAGACCCACAACUCUUCCUCCGUGAUGUUCGACAACGCGGGGGUUCAGUACAGGAAGCCGAGUGGGCCGCAGGAGCCCGGCCGCCACACCCUGGACAGGAGCGCACAUCUAAAGAAGUCCCGUCUGCGGCGACGAUCCUCGCAGCUGAAAAUCAAAAUCCCAGACCUCACCGACGUGAACGCAAUCGACAGAUGGUCUCGGAUAAUAUUUCCCUUCUCCUUCUCCCUCUUCAACUUAAUCUACUGGCUUUAUUAUGUCAAUUAAUGCACUGGUGUUUUUGUUUUUUUUAACCCGUCUCUGUCUCAUUCUUGUUUUAUAAUGAGAGAAGACAACAUGAUAUGUGACACUAAUGAACUUUUUUUUUUUAUCCUAGCUCGUGCAGACUUUGAUGAGAGCACUGGCAUUGUGCAUCUGUACAUGCAUUGUCACAAGGAUGUAUGUACAGGACAUUUAGAUUUUACAAAGACUUUCAUGUGAAUGACUCCUGGGACAUUGUACACUAUCCCAUGGGUUGAAGCAGAGGCAAAAAAAAAUAUUUAUACUGCUUUAGGUCAGUUAUUACAACUAACCAUCAUUUCUGUAUAAAAUGUGGUCACUCUGUUACAAUGUAUUUCCAAUGACAAGACAACUGACAAUGAUUCAUAGUAUUAUUUUUAUUGCAUUGCAUUAUUGCUAUUUCCUUGUUAUGACCAUAUACACACAAGCCAAACUGAGUUCAUGAUCUGGAUACGAUUUGCACUGAAACCAGACUUGAAGGGGUUACAAUCAAGCUUUUCAAAAAAUAUUGAGCUAUUCCUUUAAUUUGCCUCGGCGUUGAUACCACCGGACGUUGAUUUGCUGUUUUGAAAAAGUGGCAACGGCUGUGACCUUGCUCCUGGAAAUUAAAACUGUGUAAGGGGGUCACGUGUAAAUUUGAUUUCAAAGCCCAGUUUUGAUUAACUAAGAGAGAGGCUCAUGAAAUCCACCAGCAUUAUAUUAACAUUUAUUCUUAUUAUAUGCCAUGCACUGCGUCCAUGUAAAAUAAUAUAUUUUGACACAUUGUGGGUAAUGUGCUUAAUCGCUUUCUUGUGAGUUCGACGAGAACAUUGACACCACUCUCGUGUUGCCCAUGUCUGCAAAAAAUGGAUGUGUGUCACAUGACAGCAGAACAAAGGCACCCAGGCUUGUCUAGUAAUGAAUGUUUACCAUGUUUUAUCAGUUUACACUAUUUAAUUUAUUUAUUUUCUGUGCUUUUAGGAACUGCUGUAAUGAUGUUUUAUUGAUUUGUUCAACACAGCAUAUCUCAUGGCAACUUCCUUUUUCCUUUCUUUCAGACUGCUUGUUGUAUUGGGGAACGAGUGCAGAGCUCAGAUUUCUUGAUCCCCCCUGAAAAUUGAUGUACAUACCGAAAACUGGGCCUUUUUAUUUCAGCUCACGUUGAUCGCACGAGUGUGUCGUCAACAAUGUUUCGCUCGGUGAACUUCCGGGCUCGCCGUUUCGUUUUUUGUUGGUCUUCACAACAACACCCUAGUUUCCUAUUUGUGUUGUAAAUAUAAAACACGUACAAUAUCA